CACCUCUGUGCUGUAGGUCACGUACUUGCUGCUUAUUUCUGGCCGCCGCCGACAACCUCGCAGGCCGCCAAACAGCCCUGACACAGAGGCGGUCGUCUCACAACUCGCACAACCAGGCCACAUCGCUUUGCUAUAACCUUGAGUAGGAACCUCUCUUUAAUACACACGCCCCUGAGGGGCUUUUGGUGCUUCCGUUAAGGAGCAGACGCGCAGCCAUGCCCAACGCAGUGAACCUUAAGACCAUCCAGGUCGUCCCUGGCGCCAAGGACUUUAUUGAUAUCGUCCUUUCAAAGACCCAGCGCGGCACGCCCACCGUUGUGCACAAUGGCUGGGCGAUUCAGCGCAUCCGCCAGUUCUACAUGCGUAAAGUCAAGUUUACGCAGCAGAACUGGAACGAGAAGCUCUCUGCAAUUCUGGAUGAGUUCCCGAAGGUGGAGGAUAUCCACCCCUUCUACGCCGACCUGCUGAACGUGCUCUAUGACAAGGACCACUACAAGCUGGCGUUGGGCCAGCUCAACACGGCGCGCAACCUCGUCGACCGUGUGGCGCAGGACUACAUCCGCCUGCUCAAGUACGGCGACUCGCUGUACCGCUGCAAGGAGCUCAAGCGCGCGGCGCUGGGCCGCAUGUGCACGCUCAUGAAGCGCCAGGGGCCCUCGCUGGCCUACCUGGAGCAGGUCCGCCAGCACAUGAGCCGCCUUCCCUCCAUUGACCCCAACACGCGCACGCUGCUGCUGUGCGGCUACCCCAACGUGGGCAAGAGCAGCAUGAUGAACAAGCUGACGCGCGCCGACGUGGAGGUGCAGCCCUACGCCUUCACCACCAAGUCCCUCUACGUGGGCCACAUGGACUACAAGUACCUGCGCUGGCAGGUGAUUGACACGCCCGGUAUCCUGGACCGGCCGCUGGAGGAGCGCAACACCAUUGAGAUGCAGUCCAUCACCGCGCUGGCGCACCUGCGGGCGGCGGUGCUGUACCUGGUGGACAUCAGCGAGCAGUGCGGCUACAGCAUCACGCAGCAGGCGGCUCUGUUCCACUCCAUCAAGCCGCUGUUCUCCAACAAGCCGGUGCUCAUCGUGGUCAACAAGAUUGACAGCCGCCGCAUGGAGGACCUGAGUGACGCAGACCGGGAGCUGGUGGACGGCAUGGUGGACGAGGCCAAGAAGAUCUCCAGCGGCGGCGCCGCCGCGGCCCUGGGCGGCGACAGCGAGGAGACUGUGCUGAUGGCCAUGAGCACCCUGAGCGAGGAGGGCGUCAUGUCCGUGAAGCAGACCGCCUGCGACCGACUGCUCAACUUCCGGGUGGAGAUGAAGGUGGCGGGCAAGCGUAUCGCGGACGUGCUCAACAAGAUUCACGUGGCGCAGCCCAAGCCGCGGGCGGGUGUGGCGGCGGGCUCGCGGCCGCCCGUGAUCCCGGCGGGGGUGGCGGAGGCGCGCGCGCGGCGGGCGGCGGGCGAGCGCAAGAAGACGGAGCGGGACAUGCAGGAGGAGAACGGCGGCGCGGGCGUGUACAACGCCGACCUGCGCAAGCACUACGACCUGCAGGACCCCGAGUGGAAGUACGACAUCAUGCCCGAGAUCAUGGACGGCCACAACAUCCUGGACUUUGUGGACCCGGACAUCGACGCCAAGCUGGCAGAGCUGGAGCGCGAGGAGGCCGAGCUGGAGGCCGCGUUUGCGGAGGAGGCUGACGCCGGCGGCGGCGGCAUGGACUCUGAGGACGAGGCGGCAGGCGACCUGACGGAGGAGCAGGCGGCGGACCUGGCGGCCAUCCGCGCGCGCAAGCGGGUGCUGGUGGGCGAGCACAGGUCCAAGAAGAACAGCCACCGCAACCAGGCCGUGCUGCCGGCCAAGCUGGCCAACGCGCGCGGCCGCACCGCUGAAGCCAUGAAGUCCAGCCUGGGCAGCCUGGGCAUCGACGCCUCCAAGGCCGCCGAGCGGGCGCGCAGCCAGAGCCGCGGCCGCAAGCGCGAGCGCAGCGCCAGCAAGGCGCGCGGCGGCGAGGACGGAGACGCGGACAUGGGCGACGCCGGCGAAAAGAAGCGGGUGCACAGCAGCAAGUCACGGUCCAUGUCUCGCGGCCGCAGCCUGUCCAUGGCCGAGCCGCGCCCCGGCAGCGGGCUCAAGGACGUGGUGCAGCGCAACAAGGGCAUCAAGAUGGCCGACAAGGCGCAGUGGCGCAUGAACAAGAUGGCCAAGAUCGGAGAGUCCGAUCGCGCCAUUCCCACCAAGAUGCCCAAGCACUUGUUCAGCGGGAAAAAGCCCGGCCACUCCACCCGGAACCGCCGGUAAUCGUGCCGCGCGUCUCCCGCAGCCUGUGUUGCGAUUGGCCGCAGUGGCGGCUGCGGCUACGGCAGCAUCGGUUGGGGGCCUCGUAUGGUGUGAUGGCGUGUUGGAGGUGUCGCGUGUGUGUGUGUUUUGGUGUUACUGUGUGCCUCGAUGCGUGUGUUUGCUGGUGUAUGUGUUCGUCGACAAGCGUCGGUGCUGCUCUGCGUUGCGAGCGGCUUUCCGUGUAUCAGUAGUACAGCAGCAGCUGAAAUAGCAAACAAGAUUGGCGACUGAUGAAUGGAGCUCAAGGAUCAAGGAGGGUUUCUAAUUGUUUGUAGCCAGGAAGGCGCGGGGCGGAGUUUCCGGGGCUGUUUGUUGUGCGGCCGCAGGAGCGACUGGGGAGCAAGGGGGAACGCAGGGUAAGAGGCGCAGGUUCCGAACUGGGUUACGACGAUGCAGUGACACGACUGUGCCACAACCUGGGCUUCAGGAGUUCUGAGGCACAUCGUGUGCGAUGGCGAUGCGGGCGUGCGGCUGAGCGUGAGAGCGGCGAGUGCCGCGGUGACUGGUGACCAUGGGGUCGCCGUAAUUGACUGACUGCGCCGGCGGCUGGUCCGGCUGCCGGCCUAGGGCAAUGGAGGACAUGGCGAUUGGACCUUGAGUUAAGCAGCAGCCUUGAUGGCGUGAUCUGUAAUCCCACACAGGG